AUGAUGCUUGCAUUUUCGUUUCUUGCCGUUGGGACCGCAAACAGCUUCGUCCCACUGUUGAGCACUAAGAGGGGUGGGGUUUGUUCUAGUUCAAUUCCCUCGAUGUGUCUGUCACAGGCCAGGAGUGAGGCAGCAGCGCGAGCAUCUCGAAUAGUAUGCAUUGGAGACAUUCAUGGGCAAUGGAAUGAAAGCGAUGAAAGGGCCUUGCGCCAUUUGCAACCAGAUCUCGCGUUGUUCGUGGGUGACUAUGGGAACGAAGAUCUUCGUGUGACGAAGCGGAUAUCCGAACUUGCAGCUUCGAGCGAUUUUGGCGUUGCGACAGUAUUUGGGAAUCAUGACGCUUUUUACACAGCGAGCAUGAACGGGAGAAGAAGAGCUCCCUACGACAAGACGAAGAGUUGUCAUGUCACUGAACAAAUCAAGAUGCUCGGACCGUACGACGUUUCCUACAAGAGCUUUGCUUUUGACAGUGUUGGAGUAUCUGUGGUGGGAGGGCGGGCUUUUUCACACGGCGGCCCGAAUUGGAAGCAUAAAAGGUUCUACCGCGACUUUAUAGGCGUACAGGGCAUUGAACAUUCUGCUAAGAAGAUGAAAGAUGCUGUGGCGGCCUCGCAUCAUAACACUGUCCUCUUUCUCAGCCACAGCGGUCCAUUCGGGUUGGGUGAUCACCCGAGCGAUCCUUGUGGAAAGGAUUGGGGGGAUUUUCCUGGUGGCGAUUACGGAGAUCCAGAUCUUCGAGAAGCAAUUGAAAAGGCUCGCAAAGACGGGUUUCGGGUACCGCUGACUGUUUUUGGUCACAUGCAUAAACAAUUGAUGGGGAACAAUGGAAACAGAACGAUGAUUAAGACAGAGCAAGACGGCCAAUCUCGUGGUGAGACAGUCAUGGUGAACGCCGCUGUGGUCCCGAGACAUAAAGUCGGGUCGAUGACAAGUGAAAGCUUGCACCAUUUUCAAGUAGUGGAGAUGGGGGAUCACGGCUCUGUAGAUUCGGUAAGUGAAACAUGGAUCACGCCAACUGGCGUAAUCGCUCAAAGCGAUGUAAUCUACAAGGCGAAGUUGGAGGUGCUCGUCAACGGCUCCAUCAAUCGGAAGUGCAUGAAUGUAGAAUAG